AUGGUGCUGGCUGAACUGAUCGCGAACCACCUGCCUGCGUGCAUUUUGCAGUGGACGGCUCCGAUCCACUCCUGGCAGGAGGGCGUAACGCCCAUGUCAUCGCUGGCGUCUGUGGUCGCGGCAUCGGUCUCGUAUGUGGUGAUGGUGCUUGGCGGCCAGGCGAUCAUGCGCUCUUUCUCGCCGGUGCCCGCGAGCCUGGUCAAGUGGCCCUUCUUCUUCCACAAUAUGCUGCUUUCAUUAGCGAGCCUGGUGCUCCUAGUGCUGUAUCUCGAGAAGGAGUUUGACUUUAUUGGGAAGUAUGGCAUGCACGAAGCCCUCUGCUACGGCCCCCAUUUCCACGACGUUGAGAUGUAUCACAUCCUCAACUACUACUUCAAGUACUGGGAGUUUGUCGACACUUUUUUCCUCGUGAUUAAGAAAAAGAAGCUCAUGUUCCUGCAUGUGUACCACCACAUGGCGACGGCCGCGCUGUGCUACUCGCAGAUUGUCAACGAGACUACGCUGUCGUGGGUGAUCAUCUCGCUGAACCUGGCCGUGCAUGUGAUCAUGUACGGCUACUAUGCCAUGGCCAGCGUCGGUAUCCGCUGCCCGUGGAAGAAGUGGAUCACCACCGGCCAGAUCAUCCAGUUUGUCAUUGAUGUCGCUGUGUGCGUGUACGGAAAGGCGACACGUCCCAUCCAAAGCUGGCAGCCGGGCGUGACGCCUUUUUCGACGCCUACGGAGGUCGUCCUGGCCGCUGCAGGCUACCUGUUGGUCGUCCUGGGUGGGCAGCAGGUAAUGCGCCAUUUCCCGGCGGUGCCGGCGCACUGGCUGCGUCUGCCUUUCCUGCUGCACAACCUGCUUCUCUCGUUGGGCAGUCUGAUCCUCCUAGUGCUCUACCUGGAGCGCACGAUCCCGUUCCUUAUGUCGCACGGCGUGCAUCCCACGCUGUGCUCGUUUAAGGUUUACUACCUUGUCGAAAUGUACCACAUCAUCAACUACUACUUCAAGUACUGGGAGUUCAUCGACACGUUUUUCCUCGUGAUCAAGAAAAAGAAGCUCAUGUUCCUGCAUGUGUAUCACCACAUGGCUACGGCUGCGCUGUGCUACUCGCAAAUUAAGUACGAGACACCUGUGUCGUGGGUCGUUAUCACCAUGAACCUGGCUGUGCAUGUGAUCAUGUACGGCUACUAUGCCAUGGCCACUCUGGGCAUCCGCUGCCCGUGGAAGAAGUGGAUCACCACAGGCCAAAUCCUCCAGUUUAUAAUCGACCUCGUGUUCUGCUUCUACGCUUGGUACAACCACGCGGUCUCGAAACUGUCACUCAACUUGCCCUCCGUGGGCCCAUGUGACGGCUCGCCUCUUGCGGCGGGCUUGGGCGUAGCCGUCCUAACCAGCUACCUGUUCUUGUUUAUUCUGUUUUACCGCGGCACAUACAAGGGUACUAAGGCUAGCACGCGCAAGACGCAGUAA